GCGGAGAGGAAACAGCCGAUCGAAGCAGCAGAAUCACUGCAAUGGCGGACAUAAUCAUCAAUGGAGGUGAAGCCCAGGAGAAGAAGAGCUCUGCGGAGAGCUACGAGCUCCUCUUCUACUUAGGGGAACGCCCCGCUCGCUCUCCUCUCACCUCGGCCGAGGCGUUCCUCAAGGCAGCCAUCUCCUUCAAGGGGCAGGUUGUGAAGGCCACAUGGAUUGAGCGUGGAGGUCGGACCAUCGAUCCCACCAUCUACACGGGUCUGCUGGGCACGGCCUUCACUUGUCUCAGGACGUACGAGUCCACUGGGAACGAAACCGACUUGCUUCUCUGCUCUGAGAUUGUGGAUUCUUGUGCAGUUGUUGCUGAGAGUUGGAACAGGCACGUUACGUUUCUGUGUGGGAGAGGAGGGGUGUAUGCCCUUGGAGCGGUGGCUGCCAAGUACAGGGACGACCAUGAAAGACUUGAGCUGUUCUUGAAUCUCUUCUAUGAGGUAGCCCAGGAAAAGGCACUUCCAGUCGGGCCUGAGGAAGGAGGGUUCGGCAUGGCGUAUGAAUUAAUGUAUGGCCGUGUAGGGUUCCUCUGGGCAGCUCUCUUCAUAAACAAGCACAUUGGUGAAGGAACCGUAGACAUGAGUAUCUUGAUGCCAAUCGUCGACGCAGUGCUGGCCGGCGGCCGGGUUGGGGCUUCUCAUUCUGGGUGGCCAUUGAUGUACCAAUUUCAUGGCACGCGGUACUGGGGCGCCGCCCAUGGGCUUGCGGGGAUCAUGCAAGUGCUGCUCCAUUUUCCUCUUCCACAUCGCGAGGAUGUCGAUGAUGUGAAGGGUACACUCAGAUACAUGAUUGGCCAUCGGUUCUUCCACAGUGGGAAUUAUCCUUCCAGUGAGGGGAACGGGAGGGACAAGCUGGUGCAGUGGUCUCAUGGUGCUGGAGGCAUGGCCAUCACCCUCUGCAAAGCCUCUCAGGUUUUUCCAGAAGACAUGGAAUUCCGCACUGCCGCCAUUGAUGCUGGAGAAGUGGUAAGGAAGAGGGGGCUGUCAAAGAAGGUGGGACUUUACGAUGGGCUUGCCGGGAAUGCCUAUGCCUUCCUCUCUCUGUAUAGGCUCACAGGUGAAAGGAUCUAUGCAGACAGGGCGAAAGGGUUUGCCAGCAUUCUGUAUCAGAAUGUUCAUAAGCUGGCUUUGGCUUCGCCGGCUUCCUUCCACCCGUAUUCUCUCUUUCAAGGGUUGGCAGGUGCUGCAUGCCUGAUGUUUGAUCUGGCGAAUCCGCAGAGUGCAAGGUUUCCUGGAUACGAACUCUAGUUACGGUAGCAGCGCUUCUCAACAACGCGUAUGAUCAUAUGUUGGAGAUUAGACUGGUAUUAAUAUCGUCUGUGACGGAGUUGCAGGAGAUGUAGGCAGCUCUCCUGAUGAUUGGGGAUGAAUUCUGUCUGAUCUUCUCUGUGGUGCAAUGAAACGAAGAACUACUGCGCCAUCGCUGCAUUUUGCUCGAUUUGAUGCGGCGGAUUGGGGGGAAUUUUAUAGAAAUUGCACGGGGGUUGUCCUGUAGUUCUUUUUUCCUUUGGAAAAAGAGAAGCCAAAAUAUUUUUCAGAAGGCUAAUGGCACCGUUUGUAAGAACAUACUUUGUGGGUAUCGGAACUUCAUGAUUUCUUUUUCUUUCUUA